AUGAUUAGAUUAACAAGGUCAUCGGCUAGUAACUUGGGACUAAGACUUUUAUCUCUGAAUUCAAGAUGUAAUAAACCAUUUGAUUUCACUAAUCUUGGUUCUAAUAAAUCAGCUGAACCUUUCGAUUUGGAAAGUUUAUUGACCAGGGGUAACUCCGGCGAAGCAGCUUCAAAGAAAGCAUCAGCUUUGAAUAGUUCUGAAAAGAAUACAAUACCUAAUAAUAGAUUUGUUAAUAUGUUUGAGAAGACUACACAGACCGGAUAUAAGCAUGUACAUAAUAACAAGGAAAGUGAAAAAUUUAAGGAACUCAACCAGAAACAUAAUAAUAAAAAACAUAGGAACCAGAGGAAUCAUGGUGAGAGAAGAAAUCAUAUGGAUACUAAAAAAUCACCUAGAAAGGCAUUAAGAUUUCAAAUAAAUACAGGUUCCGACCAAGCUCAAAAUGCCCUUAAGGAUUUAAUUUCGAAAGUGCAUUUGGUAAGCAAGUCUUACAAAGUGAAGUUUGUGAACCCCCAAACCAAUAAAUUGGAGCAAAAGCAUUUAGUUGAAAUCGUAAAUGAUAUUGAUCUUUCUGAGAAGGGAUUAUUUAUGGUUGCACCAUCGAAAGAAGGGGACUUACCAUUAGUUAAAACCAACAAGGUUUUUGAAAUGAUCAAACAUUAUACAGAUGAACUUGCGGCUCAACGAGAGAAAGAGUUAUUGGAAAAGGGUAGUAUAGCUGCGCAAAAGGCAGUCAGACAACGGGAUAGAGCAGAGAAGAAGAAGUCUGCAACAAAGAUUCUUACACUCUCGUGGAAGAUAAGCUUGAGUGAUUUAAAUAAUCAGAAGAAAAUGGAAAUAAAAAGGAGAAUGAACAAAGGAGAGAAGUUUAUUCUUUAUAUUGGGGAUAGAAGAAGUUUGUAUUCUGCCAGGAAAUCUGUAGAUAAAGAAGGUGGUAUAAUUGAAAACAUGAAAGAAACUUCUGAAGUGAACGAAGAAGAAGCAGAAGAAGUCAUAAAUGUCAGUGACCCUUCUGAAGUAGAUUUUGAAAUAAAGAGACGUCAUAUGAUCGUUGAAGAAUUGAAGAAUAUAUUAGAAGAAUGUGAGUGCCAAUUUGAUAUUAGUGGUCACAUUGAUUCGAGAAUAAUGGUUUCAUGUUCGCCACUGAUUGUGAAAGCUAAAUCAGAUGAAGAGAAUAUAGACGAAAAUCCGUCAAAGGAAUUGAAAAAACAGAAAAAGUUAAUGAAGCUCAAAAAGAUCGAAGAAGAAAAGAAACAGAAGAAGGCCAAAGAUGAAGAAGAUUUGGACUCAUUGUAUCUGUUCAAAAUUGAAGAUUAG